AUGUGCCUGGCUGGGUGCACACCCCGCACGGCGGCGGCGCCAGGACGCGGAGCGCUCCCCAGAGCCCAGCUGCCUCGCUCGGCUCUGGCGACCGCGACCAUGUUCCAGCCCACAGCCAAACGCGGCUUUACCAUCGAGUCCUUGGUAGCCAAGGACGGCGGCACCGGCGGGGGCACUGGCGGCGGGGGCGCCGGCUCCCAUCCCCUGGCGGCGGCCGCCUCGGAGGAGCCACUCCGGCCCACGGCGCUCAAUUACCCUCACCCCGGCGCGGCCGAGGCGGCCUUCGUGAGCGGCUUCCCCGCUGCCGCCGCCGCCGCCGCCGCCGCGGGCGCCGGCCGCUCGCUCUACGGUGGGCCCGAGCUUGUGUUCCCCGAGGCCAUGAACCACCCCGCGCUGACCGUGCACCCGGCGCACCAGCUGGGCGCCUCCCCGCUGCAGCCCCCGCACUCCUUCUUCGGCGCCCAGCACCGGGACCCUCUGCACUUCUACCCCUGGGUCCUGCGGAACCGCUUCUUCGGCCACCGCUUCCAGGCGAGCGACGUGCCCCAGGACGGGCUGCUUCUGCACGGCCCCUUCGCUCGCAAGCCCAAGCGGAUCCGCACGGCCUUCUCGCCCUCGCAGCUCCUGCGGCUGGAGCGCGCCUUCGAGAAGAACCACUACGUGGUGGGCGCCGAGCGGAAGCAGCUGGCCGGCAGCCUCAGCCUCUCCGAGACGCAGGUGAAGGUGUGGUUCCAGAACCGGAGGACAAAGUACAAGCGGCAGAAGCUGGAGGAAGAGGGGCCUGAGUCUGAGCAGAAGAAGAAGGGGUCCCACCACAUCAACCGGUGGCGCAUCGCCACGAAGCAGGCCAACGGGGAGGACAUCGAUGUCACCUCCAAUGACUAGGGGGGGGCAGCCACGGAUCCAUGAGGGCAGAGCGUCUGCUCGCUGCUGGCCA